GGCCGCGACGCGCAUCCAGGCCAGCUUCCGAGGCUUCCUGACGCGCCAGUGGCGCUCCGAGGAGCUCGCGAAGGACGCCCGACGCGUCGGCCGCUCCUGCGGCGAGGCCGCCGCCGCUCCGGCGCCCGACGACGGCGGCGCGCCGCCGCCCGCCCGCGGCGACGAGAAGCGGCGCGUGGCGCUGCGCGUGGUGCGCGCCGCGCGGAGGGCCCGCGUGGAGCGCGCGGCGGCGGUGCGGGUGCAGAAG